AUGGAAGGGCUAGCGCUGGUCCUGCUCUACCUGGCUAUCCCGAGCCUUUUGUUCUCGGCCAUCAAGCAGCUUCUCACAUGGAGGAAAAGCGUUGGGUCGACGGCGAAAUUCCCAGGCCCCCAGCAAUUCCCCAUCGUGGGGCGCGUCCAUGACCUCCCUCGCUUCUCACUGUGGCUCAAGUUCAAGGAGUGGGCCGACGAACAUGGCCCGAUCUACUACACCAGGGCGUUGAACCAACCGUUCAUCAUCGUGUCAGACGAGAAGAUUGCUGAGGAACUGCUGGUCAAGCGAGGUCAUAUCUACUCCGGCCGGCCGCAGAUUCGGUCGUUGAUAAGGCAUAAGGAGGGGCCGGCCUACUCGGCGUUGAUGGACCGCCAUGACAUCUGGAAAACCCAACGAAAAUGGGCCCACGCAGCCAUGGCUGAAGCCUACAAGCACCACUUCUACGGCCACGUCGAGCGCGAAAUGAAGCGGUACCUCGGCCUGCUCCUGCUCGAUCCGGCCCGUUUCCUAGACUACACCCGCGAGUACUGCGGGCGCGUGAUGUCACGACUAGCCUGGGAUGACGCCACGCAGGGGCGCACCAACGGCGAUAGCGCAGACCAGACGCUGCACUGCAUGAGCGUGUCGGGCCCGCUGCCCAACACAUUAACACCGCUGUGGCAUUUACCGGCGUUUGCGAACCCGUGGUAUAAUUUUGAGAUCCGCCGCGAGCGGGAGCAGCGGGCGUGGUGGUUGAACAAUUUCCGGUUGGCUAAGGAUCGGAUGCGGAACGGGGAACUGCCGAAUGAUACGUGGGCGUAUCGGUAUUUUGAGCAGUUGAAGAAAGAAGGGAAUGAUGGGCUGGAUCAGGAGGAGGAGCAGGAGGUGUUUGCAAGCUGCAUGAUUGGGUUCUUGAACCUGGUCGGGGUCGUCACCAUCAGCGGGCCGCUUAAGUUCUUCCUCAUGGCCAUGGCGCUGCAUCCGGAGUGGCAGAAGAAGGCCCAGGCUGAGAUCGACCGCGUGUGUGGGAACCGGAUGCCGACGAUGGAGGAUUUCCCCAAUUUGCCGACGGUGAGAGCGUGUAUGAAGGAGACUGUACGCUGGAGGUCGGGCGUUCCGUUAGGUGUCCCACACCAAGCAGAACGAGACGACGAGUACCGGGGUGUCAAGAUUAGGAAAGGCACUAUCGUCCUUGCCUGCGAAUGGUCCCUCAACCGCGUCCCAACCAAAUACCCCGACGGCGAUAGUUUCCGCCCCGAGCGCUGGCUCGAACCGUCCUGGCCGACCUACCAAGAACCGCUCACGCGGUACCCCAACUUCCGCGAGGGCCAGUCCAUGCACACCUUCGGCUGGGGCCGGCGCACCUGUCUGGGCCAGAACAUUGUGGACGACGAAACCUUUGUAUUUGCCGCCGCCACUCUCUGGGCGUUUGACCUCGGCCGCAAGGUUUGCCCGCGCACCGGCAAGGUCGUGCCGAUUGAUACGCAGGCGACUAAUAGCCAUGUGAUUUUGGAGCCGGACCCGUACCAGAUUAGUAUUAAAGUGAGGAGUGAGGAGAGGGGGAAGCAGGUGCUGGGGGGGUAUCAUCAGGUUAUGGGUGAGUUGAAGGUAUAG